AAAGCAUUUGCUGGGCAUUGGCAAUGGCCGCAUCAAUGGCAUUGGCAAGGCCGCAGAUGCACGAUUGGCGAGCUAGUUGCCAUGUGUAGCUGAACAUUGCUAUUGGUACUCAUUUGAGGGCUUGAUGGUGUUUGGAGAGCCUUCGAGUAUCCAAAUGCAGCGAGUGCUUGGCCGUACCUGGCGCACAUCUUGGUGACGGGACCAGGAUUGGCAGCAUUGUUGGCUGGGCCCCCGCGGUGCUGCACGAUGGUCGGCCCGCUGCUGCACCCGGCUGCGGUGACGCAUCAGGGGCGGCUGCAGCAGACGGUGCUGGGCUGGGACUACUUCCAGAUGCUGACACAAGCUCAGAAGCAGGACAAUGCCCAGCGGAAGCGCAAAAAGGGGGAGCCGCUGCCGGAGGAUGGCGCCCUGCGCCCCGUCCCGAGUUCGUUCAGCAGCGUGGCGGAGUACGUGGCAGUGUAUGAGCCGCUGCUUCUCGAGGAGUGCCGCGCCCAGAUCCUGCGAGGCCAGGACGAGGCGGGCAGGGCUGCCGCGCACCGGGCACGCAUUGCCCACUGUGAAGCAGUCAACCAGUUCACGUUUAUCAAGCUGCAAGUGGACGAGCAGGUUGCGUCGGACAUGGCGGAGAACAAUCUGGUACUGCUGUGCCGCGAGAACCCGCUCACGUCGGCCACCACCCCGGCCACCCACGCGCUGGCCACCGUGGAGGGCACCGAGGGCAAGCAGGCGCUGCGCCUCCGCCUGCACCUGCCUGAGCCCACGCCCAGCGUGGCGCCGCGUGUGGCUCGGGUGCGAGCGGCGGUGGCGGAGGCGGGGUCGCUGUGGUGGGUGCUUCAGCUGUGCAACCUGUCCACCAUCACGCGCGAGUACACCGCCCUGCACAGCGCCGCUGCGCUGCCCUUCCUGGACGUCAUCCUCUCCGCCAAGGCACCCGCGCCCGACGGCCAGGCCCCCACCAGUGGUUCUGCGCAAUGGAGCAUCCCGGAGGCGCUUCGCGGGCAUCUGGCGGGCAGCCACAACGAGUCGCAGCUGGCGGCGGUGCAAGCGGGCCUCUCGCGCAGCCCGGUGGUGCUCAUCCAGGGCCCCCCUGGGACGGGCAAGACGCAGACCAUUCUGGGUCUGCUCAGUGUUGUGCUGCACGCCAGCCCCCUCGCCCAGCAGGCGGGGGCGGCCGCGCAGCUGGUGGCGCGGGAACCAAUCUCGGAGCAGCAAAAGCAGGCCGCCUGGAGGGCCGCCGCGCCCUGGAUGCACGGAGGCAACCCGCGUGAUGCAGAGCUGCCCCUCGACGGAGACGAUGGCAGUGGCUACCUGCCCAGCCCAGGCGGGGUGAUGAAGGCGUCGGGCCAGGUGCGGCGGCACCGCGCCAAGGUGCUGGUGGCGGCCCCCAGCAACGCUGCGCUGGACGAGAUCGUGCUGCGGCUGCUGGCGGCGGGCCUGCGAGAUGCGGCGGGCGACCCGUACAGCCCCAGCAUCGUGCGCGCCGGCCUGAACGCGCACCACUCGGUGGCCGCCGUCACCAUGGAUGCGAUCGUCACGCAGCGCAUGGCCAGCAUGGCCAGGGGAGGCGCCCGCGCGGGCAGCACCGGCAUGGAGCGCGACAGGAUCCGCACUGCCAUCCUCGACGAGGCCGCCAUCGUGUGCUCCACGCUCAGCUUCAGCGGCUCCGGUGCCUUUGGCCGCAUGUCGCGCCCCUUUGACGUGGUCAUCAUCGACGAGGCCGCCCAGGCGGUGGAGCCGUCGACGCUAGUCGCCCUGACGCACGGGUGCCGGCAGCUGUUCCUGGUGGGCGACCCCGUGCAGCUGCCCGCGACGGUGCUGUCGUCGACGGCGGUGCAGUACGGGUACGCGACGAGCCUGUUCUCGCGGCUGCAGCGCGCGGGGUACCCGGUGGUCAUGCUGCGCACGCAGUACCGCAUGCACCCCGCCAUCCGCCGCUUCCCCAGCGCGCAGUUUUACGCCGGCCAGCUCGUGGACGGCGACUCGGUGGCCAAGCAGACGGCGCGCCCCUGGCACGCGCACGCGUGCUUCGGCCCCUUCGCGUUUCUGGACGUGGCGGGGGAAGAGGAGCAGGCGGAGGGCAGCGGCUCGUACGUCAACAAGGCAGAGGUCGAGCUGGCGCUCAUGCUGUACCGCAACCUGGCCGCGCGCUUCCCCGACUUCAAGCAGGGGGCCAAGGUCGCCGUCAUCUCGCCGUACAAGCACCAGGUGAUGCUGGCGCGCGAGCGCUUCAAGGCGGCGCUGGGCGCGGACGUGGCGCGGAGCAUCGACAUCAACACCAUCGACGGCUUCCAGGGCCGCGAGAAGGACGUGGCCAUCUUCAGCGCGGUGCGCGCCGACCGCAAGCGCGGCAUCGGCUUCGUGGCCGACUUCCGGCGCAUGAACGUCGGCAUCACGCGGGCGCGCGCGUCCAUGCUCGUCGUGGGCUGUGCCGCGGCGCUGAAGCGCGACAAGCACUGGGCCGCGCUGAUCAAGCACGCCGCCGCCACCGGCUGCUUCUUCCAGGUGUCCCGGCCGUUCCACCAGUUUUUCAGCGACAAGCGGCUGGCGGAGAUUGGGCCGUACGUGGAGCCUGAGAACGAGGAGGCUGCGAGACUUGCCGCGGGGGAGGGCGACGCGGCAGAGGAGGAGGGAGCGGCGGGCGAGGACGAGGAGGAGCACGUGGAGGAGCUGAGCAACGCGGUGGUGCUCACCGACGAGGGGGCGGAGCAGAGAGUACUGACGGCGGACAUCGAGCAUGCCGAGGUGGCAGAGACGUCGCCCGCAGAAGCGGCAACAACGGCGAGUGGCGUCGGCAGUGCCGUGGUCAGGGGCGAAGCGUCACAAGAACCGAGUAAACCUACGGCACAGACUCCAGUGCCGGAGCCGACUGCCAAGAAAGGAAGGAGGCAAAAACCCUGAUCGCCAUUGUAAAGGGAGCCCUUGACUAGUCGAGCAGCUGUUGUAACUAGUUGAUUCUGAAAUGAUGUACAAAGCGGAGAUGCAGAUUGAGCAUGCUGAGAUACACGUUACUUUCUGUAAGCGAUGCAAGAGACAAGGUGCGAGCCGGCUUUACGCAUGUCGUCCGGUUGCGAACAUGUGCCUAAAGCAGCAUAAGGCGCCAUGAUUUUGUGAUGAAUAACUGUGUGGCGCUUGAUAUGUACCUGUCGACAAGCUCAUGAAGGGCAAGAUCAGGAC